CAUCUGUAGGCCUGUGGAUAGCCGCCUAUCCUUCUCCUAAUAAUAACCUGUCGGGGGAAAGGAUAGAUCGAGGCGACUAGUAUUUCUGUCGAGCGAGGCGAGAAACGCAAGAGCACUCACAUCAUAUGAACUGCGGCCAAUACUUCAAAUGAUGAGCGGUUUUCUGAGCGAGGAGAGAGCGCAUUCUUUAAACCUGUUUUCAGUCAGCGAUUAAGAUAGGUUUCUCUACAAUUUCUGUGAAGAUGAAAGGCAUUAAAAGGCAGUUUUCUUCGUUGUGUAUGAGACAUAGUGGCUCAAUUGUUUCCAAGGUCUGUUAUACCAGGAGGAGUUCGUCUGUUGAGAACAAAGUAUGCUGAACUAAAAAGGUUACAACAUUGCAUCCCCCACGGCCAUUCUUAGCUUUUUUUCAAGCAGAAAAGCAGCCCGUAGGAUGCUCUGAGGAAUGCAACUGCGCAACCUCG